AUGACAGAGACAGCAUCCGCCCCCGAAACGGGCGCGACAGCCAUCGCCGACCUCCCAACCGGCGAGCCGAUCCCCGCCCCCACGCCAGCAGAAUCAAAAACAUCCAGACCACCCACAGCAACCAAGACGAACCUCGCAGCGCUGCUCAAGUCCCUCCCCUCCAGCGCGGACGCAUUUCUCGCCCACCUGCAGCGCUGCCUCGCCACCCCCUCGGGCAUCGACACCCUCCUGCUCUUCAUCUGCUACACCUCGCGCUUCACGGGCGCCGCCCUGACGAACCUCUCGCAGCCCGUCCUCCACCGCUCCGCGCGCGACCUCGUCGCUCUAGCCUUCACCCUCCCCAACAAGACGGCCGUCGUCCUGGAGACGACCAGCGGCGCCCCACCACCGGCCUCCGCGGCCCUCGCCCAGCUCGCCGCCCUGCUCGGCCAGCGGCUCAAGAGCCUGGGCAGCCUGGCCUCGGAGGCGCGCACCAUCGCGCGGCUGUGGGCCCUUGUGGGCAUGUACUUCUGGGCCAAGCGGCUGGUACUCAACCUGGUGGCGGCGCGCAAGAGGAGCAGCAGCAGCAGCAGUUCGGAGAAGGGUGCCGAGGCGGCGGCGGCGGCAGCGCAGGGCGAGAGCAGCUUGGCGGUCCUCGUGAGCUGGGCGCAGCUGAUCUCGUGCGGCAUCUUCCAGGUCCUCGAGAACGGCGCGUAUCUGUCGGGCCGGGGCGUGCUGGGCUGGACGCCGGCGCAGCAGGGCAAGGCCUACGUGGUCGGCGCGCGGUGGCUGGGCGUCUACACCGCCCUGGAGCUGGGGCGCCUGCUCGGCGAGUUCGUCGCCAGGCGGGAUCAGAAGUACAGCGAGGCCAGCGCCGAGGAGAAGGCCGAGGUCGACGCCCUGAGGCGGAGUGCCGCCAUCAACAUGGCUUGGGCACCCCUCACGGUGCACUGGAGCAUGGAGAAGGGCUUCCUGACCGAUCUGGUGGUCGGGGCGGGCGGGUGUAUCCCCGGUGUGAUUCAGAUGAGGAAAUUGUGGAGGGAAACGGCGUAA